AUGCCCGGUGGUCCAGUCGCUUCAGGCCCGGGGAUCGGCGCCAAUGCACCCAAGAACAAGUUUGCGGGCAUUCUAAUGACAUCCUUUGCCGCCUUUGGUGGUAUUCUCUACGGUUACGAUACCGGUGUCAUCUCAGGUAUCAAGGUCAUGUGCGAUUGGCUCGAGACCUUUGGUAAACACGACCCCUCGAGAUUCGCUGGCGCUUGUGCAAACACCUCCGGCGCUGACUACGGCAUCUCCUCCUCCACCGAGUCCCUCGUCGUUUCCAUCUUAUCCGCUGGUACCUUCUUCGGUGCCCUCCUCGGUGCCCCCAUCGCCGACUACAUCGGUCGCAAGUGGGGUAUCGUCCUCGCCUGCCUGGUCUUCUCCGCCGGUGUAGCAAUGCAAACCGGCUCCACCGCCAUUGCCCUCUUCGUCGUCGGCCGUGUCUUUGCCGGUCUCGGCGUCGGUAUCAUCUCCACCCUCAUCCCCAUGUACCAGUCCGAGUGCGCCCCCAAGUGGAUCCGUGGUGCCGUCAUCUCCGCCUACCAGUGGGCCAUCACCAUCGGUCUCCUCCUCGCUGCCAUUGUCAACAACACCACCCAGCACUGCCCCAACCACUCUGCAUGGCGUAUCCCCAUUGCCAUGCAGUUCAUCUGGGCUGCCGUCCUCUCCCUCGGUAUGAUGUUCUUUCCCGAGUCUCCCCGUUGGCUCAUCAAGCAUGGCCGCGAUGCCGACGCUGCCAAGGCCCUCUCUCGUCUUACUUCCCUCAACGCCCACAAUCCCGAGGUCGAGACUGAGCUGGCCGAUAUCCGCGCUAACCUCAAGGCCGAGGAGCAGAUUGGCGAGCACUCGUACGCCAACUGCUUCCGCAGCGGUCCCAACAAGAUCACUCUCUGCACCUGGACCGGUAUCAUCCUCCAGGCGUGGCAGCAGCUCACCGGUAUCAACUUCAUCUUCUACUACGGCACGACCUUCUUCCAGAACUCUGGCAUCUCGGACGCCUUCCUGAUCAACGUCGCCACCAACGUCAUCAACGUAGGCAUGACCCUCUCCGGCAUGUGGGGUGUCGAGCGCUUUGGUCGCCGCCGCUUGCUCCUGAUCGGCGCCAUCGGUAUGACCAUCUGCGAGUUCCUCGUCGCCAUCGUCGGUGUCACUGUUUCGGUCGAUAACACUGCGGGCCAAAAGGUGCUCAUCGCGUUUGUGUGCAUCUACAUUGCGUUCUUCGCCUCCACCUGGGGUCCCAUUGCUUGGGUCGUCGUUGGUGAGAUUUACCCACUCGCCGUCCGUGCCAAGGCCAUGUCCCUCGCCACCGCCUCCACCUGGUUGUGGAACUUUGGUAUCAGCUAUGCCACACCCUACAUGGUCAACUCUGGCCCGGGCAACGCGGACCUCAGUGUAAAGGUGUUCUUCGUAUGGGGCUCGACCUGCGCGUGCUGUAUCCUGUUCACGUACUUCUUCAUCCCCGAGAUGAAGGGCCUCUCGCUCGAGCAGGUCGACAUCCUCUACCAGAACACGACGCCGCGCCGCUCGGUACAGUACCGCAAGCAGCUCGUCGCGGAGGACGUGCACGCCUUGGACCUCCAGGGUGAGAAGCACGGCGCCGUGUACGAGCACUCGGACGACAAGGUGUAA